AGUUGGAUGAGGAGACAGAUGGGAAGAUCCAAGCACAGAAUCAGGAACCCAAUCCGUGUCUGCCCUUCCCUGCUCCGGUGCAAGGACGGGACACAGGAGGCCCUGUCUGGAAUCCACACCGUCCCUGUCCAUCACCCGCCAUUCCCCAGGCAGGUGCAGCGCUGGGCUCUGGACCCGGAUGAGCGAGACCCAGACUGUCCAGCCUGCAGGGGGGGCGUCUGCCCUGCUCCCUCUCCAGGGCCCACGCCCUCCUCCCGCUCUGGGAUCAGUUACUUUCUCUUUCCCUUUGUGCUUCCUGUGGUCCUGCGGCUCCGAGGGGCCGGUCUUCAUCUAGGGGCCGUGUCCUGCUCUGCCCAGCGGGGGGCAGAGGGAAGGAGAGAAGGUGUCUGAGCCUGAGGCAGAAAACCCACCCUAGGCCCUCCCAUUCCGGUGCCAAACCAGGAAGAAGGUGGGGCCGGCACUCAGAUGGCCCUGGAGGUCACUCACAGAUCGAUCAGGGGGCUGCCAAAGCAAAGGCCCUGAAAUCAGGAAAUGGAGCCCCAGAACCGGAGACCCGGGGCCUGCCCAGGAUGCCACAACCCUGCCCCAGACAUCAGAAACAAGAUCAGGUGUUUAUAUCGAAAGACAUUCCUCUUCCACUUCCGGAACCUUCGCUGGGCCCUGGGCCGGAACAACACCUUCCUGUGCUACCAGGUGGAUAGAGAGGAGCGUGACUCAACUGUCCCCAUUCACAGAGGGGUCUUUAAAACCCAGGUCUUCCUGGAGACCCGCCUGCACGCCGAGCUGUGCUUCCUCUACUGGCUGCACGACUACCCCCUGCAGUUCCCCGACCAGCACUUUCACAUCACCUGGUUCAUCUCCUGGAGUCCCUGCUCGGAUUGUGCACAGCAGGUGGCUGCCUUCCUGGCCAGCCACUCCAACUUGAGCUUGACCGUCUACACCGCCCGCCUCUAUUACUUCUGGAAGCACUCAUACCAAGAGGGGCUUCGCGCCCUGCAGCGGGAAGGAGCCAGGGUGGAAAUCAUGUCCAUCAGAGAGUUUGAGCACUGUUGGGAGAACUUUGUGUACCCCUACGACGGACGGCCAUUCCGGCCUUGGAAGAACCUGUUUAGAAAUUACUACUUCCAGGUCAAGAAGCUGCAGAAGAUUCUCCCACCAGAGGAAGCUCCCGGCUCCUGGUGCCUCCUUGUUGCACGGAGGGUCAUGAAGCUGCUAAAGAAGGAAACGUUCCACCUGCAGUUUAACAACCUGCACCGGGCGCCCAGGCCCUACUGCCGCCGGAAGACCUACCUGUGCUACCAGCUGCGGCUCCAGGGCUCCCUGUGUGACCAGGACUACUUUCAAAACAAGAAGGAUCUCCACGCAGAGAUUCGUUUCAUAAAGAAGAUCCGUUCCUUGGACUUGGACCAGAGCCACAACUACGAAGUCACCUGCUACCUCACCUGGAGCCCCUGCCCCGACUGCGCCCAGGAGCUGGUGGCGCUCACACGAAGCCACCCCCACGUGCGGCUGACGCUCUUCACCUCCCGCCUCUACUUCCACUGGCUCUGGAGGUUCCAGGAGGGGCUGCGGCUCCUGUGGCGAUCCGGGGUUCAGAUCAGGGUCAUGAGUCUCCGAGGUAGGGAGGAGGGAUCGGGCUGUCAGUGUCCACAGGAACAGGGGACCGCCACAGGGGCCCGGCAGGUGGACAGAAGAGGGACUGGGCAGGAAGGAAGCCCCUGCAAAGCCCAAGAUUUGACGCCUCCUGGAAGGAGGAUCCUGGGGACAGGAGAUGCCCCUGCGCGGAGGGUGGGGCAGGAAGGGACCUGUCCCCAGGCGCGGCUCCCCACUACAUUUCAGUUCACCCACUGCUGGGUCAAGUUUGUGAACCACGGGGGAUGUCCCUUUGAGCCUGAGCUCUGGGACGGGCUGGAGCAACGCAGCCAAAGCAUACAAAAUCGCCUCAAUCGCAUCCUGGGGUUGACACCUGUCACUGCCACCUGUGCCACCUCCUGUCCCCACUCAUGCUGCUCAGCAGUGCUGAGUCUGCAUGAUCUGACAGCUAACUUCAGAAACCUGCAGCUCUGACCCGCAUCACCCUCCGCAGUAAGAAGGGACUCUGGGAGCAGAGAGCAUGGCGGACCCCGCGCUGGUGGCCUUUGGGAGGAAGUACCACGCCCCACAAGUCCAGAAGGCCUGGCUUUCCCCCUUCAUGUAUUUGUGUUAUAAGUGGGUGUCUGAUUUUAUGAUUAAAAUACUCAAGGUCAUUUUAAA